AUGCCGAGAAAACUCCUCGUUGUCUUUGGUGCCACUGGCAAUCAAGGAGGCUCCAUCAUCAACUUCGUCAUGAACGAUCCGUUUCUCUGCAACCAAUACCAGAUCCGCGCAGUCACCCGCGAUGUCAAUAAGCCCAAGGCUAUAGAGCUUCGAAUGAGAGGCUUCGAAGUCUGCUACGGUGAUUACGACAAUUAUAGCUCCCUCCUAUACGUCCUGCAGGGUGUAGACACCGUCUUCAUCGUCACACUCCCCAUCUACGACGAGCACAUGUACGAGCGCGAAGUCCGACAAGGCAAGGCUGCUGCUAAUGCCGCUAACGCUCAAUCCGCGAACUUGAUAAUCUUCUCGACGCUCCCAAACGCGAGGGUGGUGUCCGGCGGCGGUCUGGACUUUACGGAGCCUUUCGACACCAAAGCCGACAUCGAAGAUUACAUCCGUACGUUGCCUUCCGUGAACAAAGCCUUCUUCAUCCCGGGAUUCUACAUGCAAAACUUUAGGAGCCAUAUGGGACCGAAACGCAUUGCUGACGGUAGCUACGUACUCAAUGGAUGUGUGAGCCCACAAACGCAGUUGCCCCUUAUCGACAUCACGGAGACGGGGAAAUUCAUCGGGGCAAUCUUGCAUAGACCUGGGAAUUUUGCACAAGCCAGUCCGCCGCUUUGCGCGGCCACUAGACUGUACUCGUACACUGAGAUUGCGGCGAUCAUGACGAGGGUAACUGGGAGGACUGUGAGAUAUCGCCAGCUGCCCUCACAGGUGUGGACGCAGACCGUGGGGGCGGAUAGAAUCAAGGGGCACGCUCUGGCUACCUUUUUGUGGAUUGAAUUAUUUGGCUAUUUUGGGGCAGACACGGCGGGCCAGAUGGUUUAUGCAAGGAAUAAUGCGAGGGGAGAAUUAACCGAAUUUGAGGAUUGGUUGCGUAACAAUCCGUUGCAGUUGCAGUGA